CGAAAGAAGAGCGGGGGGUGGGAAGGAGUUGGCAGUGCAGUAAUGUAAGACUCUGUUGAGCGGGGGUUCUGAAGACGGCGACAGCCUCAGUAAUUGCGCCGCGGCCCAAAGGGGAGAACACGACCGGAGGGACGCGCUGGAACCAGUUUAUAUCCCUGUCUGGACCGCGCUAGGCGGGGAGGCCGAGGCCGAGGUUCCUUGGAUGACGGCACGCUGAGAAGCAUCCCAUGGCAUCCCAUGACAAAGAUGUGGGGCCCUUACUGCCCAAUCCCUGGGACGCCAUCCUUGAGGCCAUCAAGGAGCAGCUCCCAUCUCUGGACUCAGAUUCCUCCUCGUCAAACUGCGAGGAAGAGGAGCUGUUCAUCUUCCAGCGAAAUCAAACUGCCCUUAUUCCAGACUUGUCAGAAGAACUGGCCGAAGACCCUGACGGGGCCUGGGUCACUUCCUCUGGGUCUCCUCCUGAGCCAGCUGUAGUGCCUGUGGAAUCCGCCGGGGAACUCUGGGGAGAGUGGAACGCUGGGCCCCAGCCCCAGGAGUCAGCCUCUCUGGAAGGAAGGGCCCCUGGCAGGGCUUUACAGAGCUGUGACGAGAGCAGCUCUCUUCUCAGGCUGCCUGCGGAGACCCCCACGUGGCAGGAUGACGAUGGGGGCACAGCCUUCAACACCAGUACAUCACAGAGUCCUUGCCAGGGGCCACAGGGAGAGGCCACUUUCUCCCCUCAGGAAGCAGGCCUGCAGACAGAGCCCCCAGGUGAUGCCUCAGGGGCCCAGGAAGGCUCAGACUCUGUAAACCGCAGAGCCCUCCGGAGGGAGAGAAGGAAGAUGAUCGAGAAAGACAUACUUCACAAAGUCACGUGGGAUGCCCAGGACCCAGCCUGCCAAGACCUGAGUGGAGUGAAGGAGACACCCUGUGAUGCUGCGGAAAUGCUGCCAGAGGGGCCCCAGCGGGGACUGCCCUUGCUCUCCCUCCAGCAACUUGAAGAGUGGGAUUUGGAUCAAGUCCUUCAGAGUCUGACAGGGCGAGAAGAGGACCUGGGAGAUGGUGCUUCUGGAGCCGCGUGGUGGGCAGCAGACCGCCUCCAGGGCCGAGACCAUGCCAAGCCGAGCACCCAGGACAGGCUCAUGGAACAACUCACCCUCCUGUGUGACACGCAGUCCAGAGCCUUUUCCUCUGCCUGGAGGGUGCCUUCUGAUAUGCCCCAGGACAUCAAGCUGCAGGAGGCCGGAAGCAGAUGUGCUUCCAGGGAGCUGAGCUUCCAGGUGCUGGCCAUGGACACGCGGCUAAGGAGCCCAGCGGGGCCUCCCACCGUCUUCAUUGACCUGCGGCCGACAAAGCCAUCAGACCAGGGGCCCUCGGAAAGCUGCAGCUCCAGCUUCAGCUCCCACUCCAGCUGCAGCUCCAGCUCCUCUGACAGCGAGGAGGGGGAAGAGGAGACUGCAGCUCGGCGAGAUCAGCAGGGCCCAGCCAGGCUACGGGACUGCACGGGGAAGAGUCAGCUCCUCCAACAGCUCUGGGCCUUUCAGAAGGCAUCGGCUCAGCCCAAGCUGCCAGCUGGCGAGGGUUCCAGAAGCCAGAAGGCUCAGGCCCCGGGAGAUAUGGCUGGAUCCAGCUCCAGGGGAAAGCAACAUGUAACACUCUAGGCUGAGAGACAGAAUGCCCAGGCCAGACCCCCAGGAGGAAGUCCCAGGGCCCUGGGGUACCCUCUUGGGCCAGGGACAGCCAGGGAGGCCCUGGUGCCUCCUCUGGGCCAAUUGUAGAUGCCUCCAGUAAUGGAUCUGAAAAGGUGAAUAAUCUGAGGUGAAUAAAUGGAUAAUCUGACUUUCCAUCGACACCGGAGGUCCUGGUGGUCCCCUCGCUCUCCCGUCUCCAUCAGAAUGUGCCUUUGCAGCACAGGGAUCCUCCAACUGAGGAUCUGCUGCCAGCCCUCUGCUAGAAUUGUCAGAAAAUCUUCAUGCACUGAGAGCAAAGAUGCCAGUGCAAACUUGUACGUGUAGCAUGACAAAUCAAAUGGCCCCAAAUCCUCUGAAAAUGGACCAGAAGGAAACACUGUGAAGACAACAGUUUUGUUCUGAUGGUGGGACUAUGAGGCUUUUUCACCUUUUUUCAUUUCUGCGUUUUUUUCUCUUUAAUGUGCAUCUAUUAUUAUUAUUUCUUUUUAACUCCAAAA